AUGGUAAGGGUUUCUGCAUUCAUCGCCUUUUGUAUCACCCUUCUUGUGGCUGCCUACUUGGGGUUUGCUCUGAUACAUCUUAAGCACGAUAAGUUGGUACACUUUGUCACAUUUGUUUUGUUAACUGUUGAGCUGUUCUUGCUAUCAGAAAAAAGCCGGCACCAGAUCAUGGCUGUUACUACGAUGCUAUGUGCGUGUGUGGCGCUGGAGUACAUCCAGAGCUUUGUGAACCCUAGUAGGGUGUUUGACCUGAAGGAUAUUUUGGCCAACGUGUGUGGAGUGGCGGCGGCCACACUCUGUUGCAUUGUCUUAGUUCCACGGAAAAGAAGGAUCAGGCGUCAGGUGGCUAUGGAAUUAGAUGUGCAGCCGUCGGGGACCCCUUUGACUCCAGGAUCGGAGGAUGAGGUGGAAGGCUUCGUCAACGUGAGAGCGUCAGAAAUUGUGUGA